AUGCCUCUGGCCAGAGAUUCGCUACACCCCUCGGAGGAGGAGGAAAAGAAGCAGCAUAAAAAGAAACGGUUGGUUCAGAGUUCAAACUCUUGCUUUGUGGAUGUAAGAUCACCACAGCGUUCAGCCGUGCUUCUCUGUGUGGGCUGCUCCACUGUGCUGUGCCAGUCCACGGGAGGGAAGGCCCGGCUCCCAGGAGGCCGUUCCUUUAGAAAAAAGCAGCAUUAGUGACCCAUGCAAAUCCCUGGAUUUGUGUUUUCUCACGGAAAGCCUUAUCCAAAGUUCAGAUAUUCUGGUGAAUCUACUAAGACAAUGGAAUUUUGUUUGAUUUUAUAAGGUAUACAAGUUAUCCCCUAUUUUGAUGUCAUUGUAUC